AUGGUCAAUAUUAAGCCGUCCCAGAAACAGCGUGGUAAGUUGAAGGCCUCAAAGACUAAGAAAGAAACAACUAAGGUACACGUCAGGUUUGACGGCAACGGCGAGAAGAUUUUCUCCAAGAAACGUGCGUGUGCGGCUCCGAAAAAAGAUGACGAGUCAAUGAACAAAGGAGGCGGCAAGUCCGACCGCUCACCAGAUGCAAUCCAACAGGCCAAGUACUAUUUGGAGCAGUGGAAGAAGCGCAAUGAGCCCAAGACAGAUGAUGAGCGCUCGUGGAAAUUUAAGACAAUCAAACAGCAAUGGAUUCUCCGGUGGAUGUACGAGGCUGAUGUUGUGCCAAAAUCCAUGUUUGCUACGGUGUUGCAAUACCUGGAUGGUAUUGAAGGCGCUGCACGCAAGCGUGUGGUAGAUUCUGCACAACAGAUCAUCGAUAUUGGUGUACCGGCAAAAGAAGACGAAGAAACAGCGUCGAAUGAAAAGGAAAAAAUGCUCGAAAUCAAGCUUGCUCGAAGACGUUACAAGCGUGCACUACAAGUCGCGGAACUGCUGGCGUGA